GAAAUGUUCAUGAUAGGUCCGACGUAGAACUAUUCCUAAUAUCGCACUCCGAUGCAUACUCGGUCGUGACAGUUGCUAUAUGAAGAUAUAUAGAGACUGAUAAAGCGAGAGACAUAUAAGACGUAACAUUGUCUCGUGGCAUGUUUCAGCAAUAUAUUGGAUAGUUUUUCCCGAGAGAAUUAUGUGCUAUACAUGAAUAUCUUUAACUAGUUAGUAAUGGCUUCGGACGCAAGUAAGCCAGCAUUGAGAGUGCUUCAGAAUGCUCCUAUAGAGCAAAGCAAUGAGAAUUAUAAAGGCAGUAUACAGGAACCUCUGGAAUAUGAUGAAUCGUCUAUUCACAAGACGAUACUUGUUGGAGAUAGUGGGGUAGGAAAGACGUCCCUCCUUGUACAGUUUGACCAAGGGAAGUUCCAGGCUGGCUCGUUCUCGGCAACUGUUGGAAUUGGUUUCACUGCCGUGAUCCUUCAUAUCAAUUACACACUUUAAAGUCGGGACCAUGGGACACUGUGCGUGACGUGUUGGGGAUGAGAAAUAUUCCUAAAUCGUGUUAGGAAUUUCAUAAACCUUUUGUCAAUUUGUGACUUGAAUAAUUAAUGAAGUUUAAUGCUUACUACGUCAUUAAUGUGAAGAAAAGCAAAGCACCCGAAGUAAUCAAUGUACUUUACAUAUAGCUUACAAGGAAACAAACUACUUCCUUCUCCUCAAGAACAAUCACAGGAAAA